AUGCUGAGGAUGCUGCUGUUGCUGCUGCUGCUGCUGCUGCUGCUGCAGCAGCAGCAGCAGCGGCCUCACGGCUACGCGCCUUUGAUUGGGUCAGCAGCAGCAGCAGCAGCAGAUGUGCCCUGUCUCCUGUCUCCACCGUCAGAAUCAGAGGAGCCGUCAGCACCGUCUCCGUUUGUGCUGCUGCUGCACUGGCUGCUGCUGCUGCAGCUAUGUGGGGUUUUCGCUGCCGCGCUGCUGCCCUUCCCAGCAGCAGCAGCAGCAGCAGCAGCAGCAGCAGCACCAGCAGCAGCAGCAGCAGCAGAUGAACGAGCCUCACGACAUAGACUCUCAGGGGGCUCUGCUGUAUCGAACAGCAGCUCCACCACCCUGUACAGCCCAUCAUACCGAAAACCAACCUCUGGCGCAUACCUGCAACCAGCAGCAGCAGCACCAGCAGCAGCAGCAGCAGCAGCAGCAGCAGCAGCAGGAGCAGCAGCAGCAGCAGCAGCAGCAGCAGCAGCAGCAGGAGCAGCAGAAGCAGUGAUAGUUUUGGUCUGUAGUACUACUGCUAAGGCAACAGCAGUAGCCGUCCUCACCCUCAUCAUCAGCAGCAACAGCAGCAGCAGCAGCAGCAGCAGAAGCAGCAGCAGCAUCAUCAUCAUCCGCAGCAGCAGCCGAAGCAGCAGCAGCACCACCACGAUCAUCAUCAUCAUCAGCACCACAACAACAACCACCACCCCCCCACCUCCACCAUCAUCAGCAUCAGCAAACACAGCAGCAGCAAGCACAGCAACAGCAGCAGCAACAGCAGCAACAGCAGCAGCAGCAGCAGCAGCAGCAGCUGACUGCGAGCGCGCCUGCUAUCAGCUGAUCCUGCAGCAGCAGCAGCAGCAGCAGCAGCAGCAGAAGCAGAAGGGAGGUGGGAGCAGCACCAGCAGAAGGAGCAGCAGCAGCAGCAGCAGCAGCAGAAGGGAGAUGGGAGCAGCACCAGCAGAAGGAGCAGCAGCAGCAGCAGCAGCAGCAGCAGAAGGGAGAUGGAAGCAGCACCAGCAGCAACAGCAGCAGCAGCGGCAACAUCAGCAACAGCAACAGCAGCAGCAGCAGCAACAGCAGCAGCAGCAACAGCAGCAGCAGCAGCAGCAAUUACCCCAGGGUAUACAGAAGUAUCGUGGGGGUCUGGGUUCUCGCCGUGUAUUAUAA